AUGGCGGACGACGGCAUGUCCAUUAUUCCUUAUGGGUCGUCCAAUCUUGACGUCGUAUUACGCCAUAAUGACUCCGUCGUUGUUUUCGAUCGAGACUCUCGGCAACUGGUCCUCAGGAAUGCAGCUGAGGAUGCUCAUGGCAUAGAGCUAGCCGACUGUCCAUAUUGUCACCGUCCCAUGCGUGGCGAUGACGCGGGGCAGGAAGGACAUCAUGCCAGUCCUAAUGCACAGCCGGAAUUCGUAAACCCCAACUAUUUUCGAAUGCUUCAUAAUAGCCUACCUAGCUUUGCAAGCUCUUCGCACCCAUCUUCUCCGCGCCGUCGCCUCGCUCAACCCGCUCUUCCGGAUGGUCCGACGAGCGAUCGAAGUCACACACGAAACGCACACUCCACACAAGGUAUAUCGUCUGCAGCCUUUACACCAGAUUAUUUCAAAAAGUUCUUUGUUGAAGAAAGAAUUCUGGGGAAAGGUGGGAAGGGUGUGGUGUUGCUAGUGAAGCAUAUGCUGGAUGGUGUCUCGCUCGGACAUUAUGCUUGCAAGCGUGUACCGGUCGGGGAUGAUCAUGAGUGGCUGGAAAAGGUUUUAGGAGAAGUCCAGCUGUUGCAGCACCUGUCGCAUCAGAAUCUGGUAUCCUAUCGCCACGUUUGGCUUGAAAAUGCGAAAAUCAGCACAUUCGGCCCUAGUGUUCCUUGUGCAUUCAUUCUCCAACAGUACUGUAAUGCCGGAGAUUUGCAUAACUAUAUCUGUGGCUCGGUACAAACUUCCACAACAGCGCAGCAACUGAAGGAGCGCCUCAGGAGAAAGUCCAAAGGGGAGCCCGAACCUGAAUCCGAGCUGACAGAGCCUCGUAGGCUACAUUUUGACGAAAUCUAUUCGUUUUUUAAGGACAUCACAUCCGGGCUUCGACAUCUCCACGCGAAUGGUUACAUACAUCGAGACCUCAAGCCCAACAACUGCCUGCUACAUCAGACAAGUGAUGGUAUACGUGUGUUAGUCAGUGAUUUCGGUGAAGUUCAGUCCCAGGAUGCGAUGCGAGGAUCGACUGGAGCCACUGGAACUGUGUCGUACUGUGCCCCAGAGGUUUUGCGGCGCGAAUAUCCAGAAGGUCCAUUUGGUAACUUCACAUUCAAAUCUGACAUCUUCUCUCUGGGAAUGAUCCUUUAUUUUUUAUGUUUUGCCCAACUCCCCUAUAUGAACGCGGACCUCAUUAAUGAGGAAAAAGAGGAUCUUGACCGUCUGCGCGAAGAGAUCAGUCAAUGGAGAGGAUUUGACUAUGCGCGGAGGAUGAGGCCUGAAUUACCCGAGCAGCUGUACACCUUUUUGGAGCGUUUAUUGUCUGUGGAUCCUAAUCGACGACCCUCUGCGGAAGAGGUUUUAAGUGGUUUACAGGCUGGUGCCAAUGCCAAUGAAAAUAUACGGUCCAGAAGAGGCAGCUCGGCGAGUCCUGAUGUGCAUACAGCCUCUAGAAUUCAUCCUGUUGAGAAUCCAUCAGCUCCCACUUUUCCCCGGCCGCCUCACUCCCCGAAAAGGACGUUUACUCGCCCAGUAGCCACGCGUCAUAGUCCGCAGUACGAGGAGAGCAGCGAUGCCAUGUCCCCAGUCGUUGAAGAUAUGGAUCUUGAAACCGACGGGAGACUUUCUUUGGGCCCGGAAAGGGACCUAAUAGUUCGGUCUAGGUAUUCACAUUCUCCAUCUUUAUCUCCGGGGCAAGGGGAUCACCAGCAGGAAGUACAUCGACAUGAGGAGCCUUCUCUUCGGCCGUUGCUGCCUCCUCCUCCAAGCCGAUUUUCUCUAUGGAGGCGCAUUCCCGCUAUUUCAUGGCAGGCUCCAUUUCCAGCGAUCCAGCUCGGUUUCUUCCUUGUUCAGGUGGUUUCUGUGUUUCAACCAUGCACCCCUCUUGCUGUCAACCCUUGGGUUCUGUACCCUUUACUCCUACUGGCAGCCUUAAACCUCUGGACGCGCAAUUUCUUACUCGAAGUUCUUAUUAUUACACUGCAUCUUAUCGUAGUCAGUUUCAGCAUACGCCUGGGCAAGUUAUGCGUGUGGAAUUCGCCGGGAGGGAUGAUGUUUUCGAAGUAG